ACACUAGCAGUGACAAGAUUCACAGCAAACUCAAGCUCAUUCCACUUUGGUACUAAUUAAGUCAUGUCUAAUUCCUCUCAACCAUUGUUAGAUUCUCCCAAAAUAAAAUCCUCCUCUUCUAAAGCUCUCUAUGUGCUUCUUUCCUUAGCUGCUAUAGUGGGCUCAGUUGGAUUAGUUUCAAUCUGGGCCAUCAAUGGCAGCAGCCCAUUUCCUUCCUUGACAGCCCAUGUUUGUGAUACGGCCCAUGAUCAGCCAUCUUGCUUGGCCAUGGUGUCUGAGGGUGCACCUGCUGGUUUGAUGGAUACAAAAACAGUCGAUUUAUUGCAGAUGGUUUUACAUAAAUCUUCGUUAAAAAUCCACGAGACGAUCGAUUUGGCGAGCAAUGUGAACGGUCGAAUCAAUGAUGUAAAGGAACAAGCAGCUCUAGCAGAUUGUCUAGAGUUAAUGGAUUUGUCAAGGGACAGAUUAAUGGACUCUAUGCUGGCACUUGGGAACCUAUCGGCCCAAGCCCACUUUGAUGUCCAUUCAUGGCUAAGUAGCAUUCUCACCUGCCAUGUUACUUGCAUGGAUGGGCUAAGUGGCCAGGCCCAGUCCAUUAUGAAGCCAAUGUUGAAUGAUUUGAUAGCAAGAGCAAGGACUUCCUUGGCCUUGAUGGUUGCAAUGGACCCAUCAAAGACUAAUGAUAUCCAAACAGUAACUGAUGAAUAUCCCUCAUGGGUUACUACUAAUGAUAGAAGGCUUUUGCAACUUUCGGCAAAUGCUAUAGCAGCCAAUGUUGUAGUGGCUAAAGAUGGUAGUGGAAAAUACAAGACCGUAAAAGAAGCAGUUGCUUCUGCUCCAGAUAAUAGCAAGACUCGAUAUGUUAUUUAUGUGAAAAAAGGAACUUAUAAAGAAAAUGUUGAGAUUGGGAAAACUAAGAAGAAUUUAAUGCUUGUGGGUGAUGGCAUGGAUGCAACCAUUAUAACUGGCAACUUGAAUGUUAUUGAUGGCUCAACAACCUUCAAAUCUGCAACUGUUGCUGCUGUUGGGGAUGGAUUCAUAGCCCAAGAUCUACAGUUUCAAAACACAGCAGGUCCACAAAAGCACCAAGCAGUGGCCCUUCGUGUUGGAGCAGAUCAAUCGGUCAUCAACCGUUGCAAAAUGGAUGCAUUCCAAGACACCCUUUAUACCCACACUCUCCGUCAAUUCUACAGAGAUUGUUACAUCACUGGCACUGUUGAUUUCAUCUUCGGUAAUGCAGCAGUAGUCUUCCAAAACUGUAAACUCGCAGCCCGAAAGCCCAUGAGCAACCAACAGAACAUGGUUACAGCCCAAGGUCGUGAAGAUCCAAACCAAAACACUGGAACUUCAAUCCAGAACUGUGACAUUAUUCCUAGCUCGGACCUUGCACCAGUGAAAGGGUCCAUAAAGACAUAUUUAGGCCGACCCUGGAAAGCGUAUUCCCGGACUGUGUACAUGCAGUCCAAUAUUGGAGACCAUAUUGUUCCAGAAGGUUGGUCAAUAUGGGAUGGUGAUUUUGCGUUGAAAACAUUGUAUUAUGGUGAGUACAUGAACAAAGGACCUGGUGCUGGAACUAGUAAGAGGGUGAAGUGGCCUGGUUAUCAUGCUGCUUUAACUACAUCAGAGGCGAAUAAAUUUACUGUCCGUGAGCUGAUUCAAGGAGCAGCAUGGUUAAAAUCCACUGGUGUGGUUUACACCGAGGGGUUAUGAGAAACUUGUUUAAUUAUGUUAAUCUCUCUCUAUUAUGUGUUGCUAAUGAAGUUUUAUGUUUGGUGGUUUUAAUUAAGCUUGUUUCUUAAUAAUAUGCUGAUGAGUUGUGGCUC